UCGGUUUAACCCGAUUGUGUUGCCGACUUUACAUUUCAUUUAACCCUUUGGCGUUUUCUUCGAAACCCAGGAAGAAUGCCGCAAUUGCUUUUGCCCCUUGGGAACAGCAAGCCCGGUAGUGUCUAGAAUCCCGUUUCUGCCAUCGGGCUGAUAAGAUCAGGAUCAAGAAGGGGCGUAUGUUCGAAAUCGCGUUAACACACCUCACUUUUAACAAUCGGAUGACUAACCGAUGGUGAUAUCGCCCCCUCUGUAAUGCAAACUGUACUUCCAGGUAGGAGGGUGCUAGUGAGGAAUGGAACCCGGGGUGGUAGUUAUUCUGGAUUAAUUAUUUCUCGUGGGGCGUGAUCUCGUGCGUGUGGCCUUCACGGUGCAAGGAGCCCAAACGCCCCGCACUAGAGGCGGUGUUUGUGAGCCUGAGACUGAAGCAAGGUGGGGGGAGGGCAGCGGUCUGGGCUGCCUGCAAGGAAACCAGCCGAUCCAGGGAUCCCCUGGUGCCUGUUCCCUCGGAAGCAAAUCCCCCCGAUUCCAAUGAGACCGACUCCCAAGUAACAGCGGACAGGGAUCGCAGGCCUUGCCUUUCAUUCAGCACCCCCACUGACGAAUCGGGGAGCAGACAAGGUGCGCUCUAGCGCAGGAUCCGACCUCGAUCCUCGGCUUAGGAAGGCGCGGGGGGGGGCGUCUUUGUCCACCCCUGGUCUGGGAGGACCACACUCCAUCCAUCAGCGGCAAGAGGCGUGGCCUAGCUUAGUCCCCGCCUCUUUCUUGAGCACGGCAGCAGCGCCGGUUCCGAGACUUCGGUGGAGCUUCCAGGAGGCAGCAAAAAUGUCAUCUGGCGCUGGGCCCCCCAAGAGCGGAUCCCCGCUGAGGAAGCGGGCCAGUCUUCAGGCUCCCAUCACAGGAGAGAUCCACGGAGGGCCGCGGUCCCGCCAGUUGCAGCCUGCGCGUUCCCUCCCGGGGCCUCCCCACUGCCUGAAGCAUUUUCCUGUUGACCUGCGCACCUCCAUGGAUGGCAAGUACAAAGAGAUAGCCGAGGAGCUGUUCUGCCGUUCGUUGGCUGAGAGUGAUAUGCGCAGUGCCCCCUAUGAAUUCCCAGAAGACAGCCCCAUUGAACAGCUGGAGGAGAGGCGCCAGCGGCUGGAGCGGCAAAUCAGCCAGGAUGUGAAACUAGAACCUGACAUUUUACUCAGAGCCAAACAGGACUUCCUGAAAAUUGACAGUGCUGCUGACUUACAAUUGUUUAAGGAGCAGGGAGAGGACCUGGUGGACCAGUAUCCCAAAGAACGGGAUGUGCUUCUGGAAAGGGAGUUCCAGAGGGUCACCAUCUCCGGAGAAGAGACGUGCGGGGUGCCUUUCACAGACCUGCUGGAUGCUGCCAAGAGUGUGGUGAAGGCCUUGUUCAUUCGGGAGAAGUAUAUGGGGCAUUCUUUGCAAAGCUUCUGCAAGACCACAGCCCGCUUCCUACAAGACCUUUCAGAAAGGCCUUUGGCCCCCAGGAUGUAUGAGGAGAUCCCCGAGACCCCUGGGGCUGGAGAUGCUUCAGGGCACUCGCCAUUUACAAACCAGCAUCCUUAUGAGAAGUGUGACCCUGAAUCAAUGCCUGGAGACCUUGGCUUUGGCCUGAAGAUGGUCAAUGGAGUAGUCCAUGUGUACACUAAGCAGGACAUCACCGACAAGACCACAGAACUAGACUUGCCUUACCCUGACCUGCAGGAGUUCAUUGCUGACAUGAAUGUCCUAAUGGCUCUGAUCAUCAAUGGUCCAAUAAAAUCCUUCUGCUACAGACGCUUGCAGUACCUGAGUUCCAAGUUCCAGAUGCAUGUCCUGCUCAAUGAGAUGAAAGAACUGGCAGCUCAGAAGAGGGUUCCGCACCGCGAUUUCUACAAUAUCCGGAAGGUGGACACGCAUAUCCAUGCAUCAUCCUGCAUGAACCAGAAGCAUCUGUUGCGCUUCAUCAAGCGGGCUAUGAAGAAGCACCUGGAGGAGAUUGUGCAUGUGGAGAAGGGCAAGGAGCAAACUCUAAAGGAGGUCUUUGAGACCAUGAAUCUCACAGCUUAUGAUCUCAGCGUAGACACGCUUGAUGUCCAUGCGGAUCGUAACACCUUCCAUCGCUUUGACAAGUUCAAUGCCAAAUAUAACCCCAUAGGCGAGUCUGUGCUGCGGGAGAUUUUCAUCAAGACAGACAACAGAGUCUCUGGAAAAUAUUUUGCCCAUAUCAUCAAGGAGGUGAUGUCUGAUCUGGAAGAGAGCAAGUAUCAGAAUGCGGAGCUGCGGCUCUCCAUCUAUGGCCGAGCCCGUGACGAGUGGGACAAGCUGGCCAAGUGGGCUGUGGCUCACAAAGUGCACUCCAACAACGUGCGCUGGCUGGUGCAGGUGCCUCGCCUCUUCGAUGUGUACAAGACAAAGAAGCAGCUGGCCAACUUCCAGGAGAUGCUGGAGAACAUCUUCUUGCCCCUCUUCGAAGCUACGAUCCACCCUGCCAGCCACCCGGAGCUGCACCUCUUCUUGGAGCACGUGGAUGGAUUUGACAGCGUGGAUGACGAAUCAAAGCCAGAGCACCACAUCUUCAACUUAGACAGCCCCUUGCCUGGGAACUGGGUGGAGGAGGACAACCCGCCCUAUUCCUACUACCUUUACUACACAUAUGCUAACAUGGUGGUUCUGAAUCACCUGCGCAGGAAGAGAGGCUUUCACACCUUUGUGCUGCGCCCCCAUUGUGGAGAGGCAGGGCCCAUCCACCAUCUGGUAUCUGGUUUCAUGCUGUCUGAGAACAUAUCACAUGGCCUCCUGCUCCGCAAGGCACCUGUGCUGCAGUACCUCUACUACCUGGCCCAGAUUGGCAUUGCCAUGUCCCCACUCAGCAAUAACAGCCUCUUCUUAAGCUACCAUCGAAACCCUCUGCCAGAGUACCUCUCUCGGGGCCUCAUGGUCUCCCUGUCUACAGAUGACCCACUGCAGUUCCACUUCACUAAGGAACCCCUGAUGGAAGAGUACAGCAUCGCCACACAGGUUUGGAAGCUCAGCUCCUGUGAUAUGUGCGAACUUGCACGCAACAGUGUGCUCAUGAGUGGCUUCUCCCACAAGGUGAAGAGCCAGUGGCUUGGGCACAACUACCACAAGGAGGGUCCUGAGGGCAACGACAUCCGGCGCACCAACGUGCCAGACAUCCGGGUGGCCUACCGCUAUGAGACACUUUCCCAGGAACUGACCCUCAUCACGCAGGCUGUGCAGACGGAGGAACUGGAGACCAUCCAGGAGGAAGACCUUCUGACCAUGAGCUCCAGCCUGGAUGCUCGCUGAAGGAUGGCCGGCUCACAAUCUCCCCUCCGUCCCCUUCUUGGCCUGCCAAGGUGGGGCUGUCCUACAAGCAUGAAGAGACCCUGACCAACCCACCCACCUGAUCCCGGCCCCAUGGACCGUUUUAAUUUCCUGUUGUGUUUUGGUUUUUAAGCAUCUUGUUAUCUUCUGUUAUCUCCUGGAAAGGCAUUAAUGGGUUGGGAUUUUUUUGCACUUGGUAACCUGCUGGGGCAAUGGAGGCGGGGGUGUCAGAGAAAUUCCUUUUGGGGUCUCUAGAAUGAGUUCCAGAAAGGGGGAAGAGCAUCCUGCAGAUGUUGGCAGUGCUGUUUUUGAGCAGAGGCUGGACAGCAAAGAGUAAGGCUGUGGCAGAGACCUGCUGAGUGGACCUUAGAGACGCCUGGCGACAGUUGCAUGGAGGCCAAAUGAAGCACCAGCAUGGAAGCAUGUGUCCCAGUUGUAUUUGGAAUGAGAUGCUGUGAGUGUUUGUGUGGCUCUGCGAAGGGAUAGAGCAGAGUGGUGGUGCCUUCUGCUACGUUGGAUUUUUGUUUGUCCUCUGUUUGGCUGCUGGCAGCUGGAGUUUCUCAUUGGCCAAUAAAACAUCCUCUCUAUCUCUAUUUCUCUUUGGUUAGGCAGCCCUGCCUUUUAUUAUCAGAGCAGCAUGUUGGCGCAGCUCUCCCGUGCUGCAGCCUCCAGUGCAGCGUGGCCACGUGGUGAGAGUCUUUUCUGUCUCAAGCCCUUAAACUCUGGUGUCUUUUGCUUGGGGAAAGCGCCAGUUCUCAACCCCCCUGCCUUGGGAGGCAAAAUACUGUGAGUGGCUGGGGAAUAGUGGGCCUUCGAGUCUAGCCCAGCAGGAUAAAGAGAAAGUAGCCUGCCGGGUAACUGGCAUAUUUAGCAUUUGUCUAUCCUUCUCUACAAUCAUGUAACAAAGAUGUCUUUAUCUAAGUGUAACAAGAGGAGCCGUAACACCCAUCCUAGCAGGGGCUUUUGCCUUAAGGUUGAAAUGGAUGUGACAUGGGUGUUCUGUGAUCAGCCAUCUUGAGUAUUCCUUUAUUUAUGUCCUUUUGAAACAAAAAAACACCAAAAAAUACACCUUAAACAUCUGUUUUUGGUUGGAUCAGUGUCACUGAGAGUGCAUGUGUUAAUCCAUUUAUCCGAUCUAAACUGGUGCCCUCCCCUCACCCCACAAGCCGCCCUUAGCCCAGGAGCAGGGCAAAAAACAGUAUCUGCAUCAUAUUUGUAUUAUUUUCUUGGAACAUUUCUGCUGUUUGGGGACUGGAUCAGUAAAAUGGUGCCCACUUCAGUAUCACUGUUCCAAACAAAAUCUGACUCCUCCUCCCUGCUCUAGAAUAGUGUUGUUGUUUUUAAACCCCACCCUGUUGGGUCAAAGAGCGGUUUCUUGCCAAUUGCUUGAGCUUGGGGAGAGCCGUUAGCUCUCAGUACGCCUUGCCACGCUUGGGCAUAGACCACGUGGGCAACCUCCUGUGUCCUCUGCAUUGGGUUGAGGAGAACAGCCUCUUGUGUCUGCCCUUGCAAUAAUGCAUAUGUAUGUCAAGAUCUUCUUUCUACAUUUGGCAAGGAAACAUGCCAUAGAAAUAGAAUUAGAAUUAGCUUUCUCACCAGCAAAGUUGCUGCUGUUCUGGGAACUGACUUUGAUGCCUCCUGCUUAUUGCGAAUGGGUAAUGAAUCUCAAGGAGGCAACAGGCAGUAACUUAUACUUCCUGCUGAAGCCAUGUGACUCAAAAUGGAAACGCCCAGAGGAACAUGGAUCCGUGCCUUUCCCAGCUCUCCAUUUUGAGUCCCGCCCUGUGAAAGGUUCAUAACGGUUAGAAGGGUCCCCUCCACAGAUCUCUGGCCCAAGCUGUUCACCAUCACAUAGCUUCUGAAUCUUGCUUGUGUGCAGCUCACCAUCCUUGACAUAUUGGGCCUCUGUGGCCCCCUUAGCAGUCUGUGUGCAACUAGUCGCAGUAAGGAAUUCCUCGUGAGCACAGCCGCUUGGAGUAGAAGACCAGUCUCAGACAGUGCUCACUCCUUUCAGACUCUCGGGCAAAGUCUGCAUUGCUCACGAAAAAAGGCUUCUCGGUGGUGAGUCGAUUGCACGGCGCCACCUCUCCCUUGCUGUUGCCAAGGCACCUUUGACCUUGUAGUUGCAAGCAGCUUUGAUUCAAUGGAAAAAUGUGUUUGCUAAACAUUAGAUGGGCAGCAGCAAUAGAAAUGGGGUUUUUAUUUUUUAUAAGGUUGGGCAGGGAGCUUGCGGAGCCCUCCCUCUAGGCUGCUGUGGACCAAAAUCUGAAGAUCCAUGCUGCAGCCAGUGCCUUGCUUAAAGUAGUACAUGGAGUGUGCCAAGACUGGGUAGAUUUCCCCUUGAGCUUCUACCUCUGAAACAGGCACUUGCCCUCCUUCGUGUCCGUGUGUUUGUGUGUGUACAAGAGGGACAGGGAGAAUUCUUAAAGGGUCAAAAUGUUUUCUUUGUAUGACUGGCAUCUCACCUCCAUGGCCUGAAAGGGGGAAACCUUUUUUCCCUUUCCUCCCCUACCUCUGUGCUUUUGUUUGGGUACCCAGAGAGGGCAGUGGAGGUGUUUUGCCUUGGAUUCAGCUAGCCUUGCGGAUCGGAGCCACAGCAUUUUGGUCUGUAUCUUUGUGAAGAUAAUGGAAUCUCGACUCAGGGAGUUGAAUGUACCUUGGUCUAUGUCAAGAGGGUUCUCCCCUCCCCACAGAUCCCUCCCUCCUUCCUUCCUUCCUUCCUUGCCGCAACCUGCCUUGCUUCUCUUUGGUAUCUGGUGCGGCACACACCAUGUUAGUUUUUGCUUUGUUGUCAGAUGGAGAUGAAACCCGUAUCCCCCUGGCAAGCACUGCAUCCUCCUAUCACACACUCUUGAUAAUUUCGACGUAGUUUGGAUAAACUAUCUGCUUGUCUGUGCUGAAAUGUGAUGUUAGAAAUCCUAUCAAACAUGAGCAUGAUCCAUCAUUAAAGAUUAUUUAAGUAA